AUGACAGCGUUUAAGAGGUGUCGUAAAGGUCGAGGUAGUUUUCGGGAUAAGCCGAAGUUCGAUGCCAGGCCACAGAGCCCGGGUGUUGCCAAGACUGCUGCUGCUGGCGCGCCAGUGCACAGGCGGGACGCACGCUUGACGUGUACAUCGCGUGCCUCGAGGUCCGCGUGUCAGCAACCUGUGCGGCCUCGUGUUGCCAACAAUCCGUCCGUGUCGAGGCAUCCUCCCGCAGCUCAACACCCGCUCGAUACUCUCCCCGCGUCCGGUACAGUACCAGCAGUUACCCGUGGCUGUGCCCGAAGGCACGUGAGCUACCAGUAG